AUGUUUAAAUCGGAAAAUUUUAUUUCACUAACAUUGGCUGAAGUACUGCGACCUGUCAUACCGCUUAUAGUAAUUUCGGGCACUCUCAACAUGUGCAAAGUAUAUUCUAGGGUGCUCGCUACCACACGCACACUCAAAAUCAUUCUACCGGUCACUCUGACAUACUUUGUCCCACCUUUGAUCGCUAAUCUGGUGUACAAGCAAUUUUAUGUGAGCAAUAUCGUGAUAGGAUCUUUCUUUGCGGGUUGUCUGAUAUUUCCUGUUUUGAGCCGCGCGCCUCAUAUCCUGAAUUUAAGCGCUUCGCUGUGCUACAUCGGCAAGUUCGGUCUUUUCAGCUCCAUGAGAGACAAUAAGCAAUCAAUAUCGGAUGUGACCUUGUGGCUCAUUGUGAACGAGUUCGUGAGCAUUUUUAUCCUGAAAAUACUUUCCAAUGACCAUUCGUUUAGUAUAUCCGAAGAAAUCGUAAUCAGAGUGUUAGGAAAUGUUAUUUUGAUAUAUAUGUGCAGGAUAUUCCAUGCCAACGAUAUUGUAAUGGUGCUUUUGAUAAUAUUUGCCGAUGUUGUGCUUUAUUUGAAACAAAGGUAUCUUGGUGAGGCUCUUAAAAAUGUGCGUAUGAAUGAACGACAGGGAUUGAAAAAUUACUUCCGGAAACGCGUGGAUGUUGACAAGCAGGGAAAAAACGAACCAAAGGAUGCGAACAUAAGUUGUUCAAAGGUUAGCGAGGAUUCAACCGCUGAAGACGAGGUAAAGAGUGGUGAUAACAAACCAAAGACCAAAAAGAAUCGAGGAAGACCAUCCAAGAACUAUGCGAUGGAAGAUAAAGAUGGGUUUCAAAGCGCUCAUAGUGAAGCAGACAGUUUGUCUGAGGGCAACACGGUAAGGUUGUCAGAUAUACAGGAUGUGAAUGCCGCUGGUAUUACCUCCGCGAAAAAAAAAACAAGUAAAAAAACACCCAGAAAGAGUGCAAGAGCGAAGCCAAAAGAUUUAACAGAAUCAUCAGAUGAAAAAAAGAGCUCAGUAGAAAAACAAACGAAGAAAAGUACAGUAAAAACGCCAAGAAGAAAUAAAUAA